AUGUCAAAACGCGGUACACAAAGAACUCGUGGAAAUUUAAAACCUGCAAGCAGCACAAAAGCGACUGCUACGUUGUUGACUCAUGGGAUAUCCCCGUUUGCAUUAUUUUCUGGAGAAUUGCCUAUGACAAAUGGUAUCGAUGAAUAUGGUAUUGAUAAUGAUAUCGAUCCAGAAUUACGUGUCAUACUACGUAAAUUAACUAAAAAAGAUUCAACAACAAAAAUUCGAGCUUUCGAUGAAUUACGUGAUUAUUGUGAUGCUAAAGAAUCUGACGAUAAAAUUCGAGUUAUUCUUCCAUUUUUUGUUUUUCAUUAUCGUAAAUGGUCAACGGAUUCAGAUCAACGUGUUCGUGAUGAAUGUCAAUCGACUUUUGAUACAAUAGGAAUGCGUAUGAAGAAGAAUCUGCUACCACAUUUAAAAACUAUCUUACCCAUUUGGUUAAUGGCACAAUGUGAUUCAUAUGCACCAGCAGCAUCGAAAGCUAAAUUUCUCUAUACUAAAUUAUUUACUGGACAAAACAAACAAGCAGAAGUUGUUUAUUUCGCACGAAACGAAAUAAUGUCAACAUUAACGGAUGAAAUAAAUCAAUGUUCAGAUGUUCUAAAAGACAAAAAAGAAAAUGAAAUGGAAACCGACGAUGCACAUGAACGACGUCUAACAGAAGUUCUUCUAGCUCUUGGCUUAUUUCUUAAUUAUUUAGAAGCUAAUAAACGUUCAGAUCUAACAAGCCAAUUGAAGAUAAUAUUUGACUCUGGGAAAUUUUGGAAGUUAGAUAAAAUUAAAUCCAUCCAAAUUCGAAGUUCAUUUUAUCGUUGUCUUUAUGAAUUAAUCAAUCUCAUACCUGAUGUUAUACGAGAAUAUAAAACCAAAAUUAUUCCCCUUGUUUUCUAUGCUAUCAAUGAAACCGAGCCAAAAUUGUGUCCAUUAAUAUGGGAUUGUUUAAUACUUUGUUUGGAUACAUUUGAUGAUUGUUGGUUAUUAGUAAAUCACCAAAAAGCAUUUUUACCGAAACUAUAUGCUUUUCUACGAAAUGCCUGUCAUGGAAAUGUAUUCGGUGUAAAAGAUUGUUUGUUACCUUUGAUUCAAAAAAUACCGUCGACUAUUAUUGGAGAAGAUACAAAUAAUCAUUUUAUUGAGAAUUAUUUUCAAGCUAUGGAAGAAGGGAUUUUAUCAAUAAAAGGACGACAACAAAUGAAUAAUGUCAGUUCAUUACUAAAAGCUUAUAUGGAUUGUUUACUACAUAUAUUAGAAAAUCAUUCAACAGAUCAACUUGUUUUUCUUAACGACAGAUUACUUCCAUUAAUCCGGCGAUUACUUACUGAUAAAGAUUGUUCGAUUCGAAAUGUUUAUGCUCGGCAAUAUUUUCAUUUCUUAAAUUCGAUUCAAUCAUUUCGUUUGUAUAGUGAUCAUUUAAAUAGUGUUCUUUCAUUAUUUCGUGAUUUAAUAAAUCCAACAGCAACAACAACAACAAACGAAUCAAUCGAUUUAAAAUAUAUUUUUCAACAAUCUACAUUACUUUUUGAGACAAUUCUUUCUCCGCCAAAAUUGAAAAAUCUACGUUUUGCAGCAACAACAACAUCCUUCUCAGACAUUUCCUCGGUUGAUUCUACAACAUUUCAAGCUGAAGAUGACGAUGAUGACAACAUAGAUAAUAAUAAUCAAAAAGAACAUUAUCUAGUUCAAUUUACUACUGAUUUAUGUCGAUAUUGUUUUCAAUUUUGUACUGAAAAUCCGAAUCAAUCAUCAUUCGAACAUAGUUUAAAUUUAUUCACACGUCUUUUAAAUUCCUCAAUGUCAAAUGACGUUGAAAUUAUUAAAAAAUUAAUCCAUACAAACGAUAAUAUAAAUAGUAUACCUGACGUAUUCUAUUUAGAUUAUGCUAGACCAUUGAUGAAAAUCGCUAUUGAACAACAUUUUUCGCUGGAUGAUAUUCUUGAAUUGACUAUUCAAAUUCUCUAUGUAUUUGAUUCAUCAGAGGUUGUCGUUGAACGCGUUCUAGCCGAUUUAAUAAAACUUGAAUCAUCCCGUCGAUUUUAUUUUUUAUUGGCUUCAAUUGUUUGCCGCUAUGAAUCGUCACCAUCAUUUCAUACAUGGCUUCAAGCUCACGGUGUCCUCGAACAGUUGUUAAACAUGACAGCCAGUGUAACAAAAACAAGUGAUAAUAAUGAUUUAAAUUUUCCUGUUUCAACAGAAGAAUUUCAAUUAUUAUCUUCUUUACUUUGUUCAUCGAAACCAGCUCAAUUUCUUACUUCGAUACAACAAGAACAAAUUGUCUAUCUGGCUUGUCGGUUACUAGAACAGCAAGCACCUUCAUUAAAUGAAACCGAUACACACAACGAUCUUAUUCAAAGUAUUGAUCAUGUCGCUAAACAUCUAUUUCAAAAUAUUGAUAAAACCUAUGAGAAUCAAUCAACAAAAAAUCUCUUUCAACUUUAUAUUCAAAACGAUAUAAUUAAUCUAAUACGUAAAAAUUCUGAUUUAAGUCUUCAUCAACGUUCAAUAUGGUCAAUAGCUCUUAAACAGUCAGUUACAACUCGAAAUGAGCUUUACAAUCAAUUGAUUAAUUUUAUUCUUUCAUAUAUUCCAACACAAUCCGAUAAUGAUCUAUUCAUUGAUAUGAUUAUAACGAUAUUUCAAGAUGAAAAUUUAUUAUCAAAAAAACUUUAUACAAAAUUAUUUGAACGUAUUUCAUUGGAUAAAGAUUUUAUUUGUGAAUCAUGGAUCUUUGGUAUCUAUCAUGGUUGGCUUUUACCUGAUCAAACUAUAGAAAUAAAAAUUGAAAAUAAAGCUUUUGCGGAAUACGAACGUUUAAUCGAUGUUCAAUUUUUAUCGUUAUUAGUCAUUCGUCAAUAUGAAUUAAAUUCCUAUUUAUGGUCGAACGAUGAUCUAAUUCGAAAUUUAAUACUUAAUUAUUAUCUAUUUCAAUAUCGUUGUAUUGAUACACAACAAAUUUAUAGAUUAUUCGAACGUUUAUUUCAUUUAUCAACAUUUAAUAUAGAAUUUAAUCUUAUUGAAAAAUCUUUUCUAUCAAAUGAAUUUUAUUCCGAAUUAAUUUACUAUCACAUUUACUGUCAAAUAAAAGACAAACAUUUGAAUAUUAAUCAACGAGAUGAUUCGAUUCAAUACACAUUUAUAUUAAAUAAUAAUGAUGAAUUAAAUUCUCAUUUAAUUUUAACAUCAUUCUUUCGAGAGUCACAAGCGAAAUUAAUUAUUCCUUAUCUAAUUGAACAAUGUCAAGAUGAACGGCGCUCGGAAUUAACAUUAGCCGCGUUAAAUCAAUCAUUAUUGCGUAUGAAUAAAUUAGGAAUAAUUUUAGAUGAACAUUAUCUAAAUAAUAUAUUAAAUAUUUUACUGAAAUUUAAUGUAUCAUCGAAAGAAAUUUUACAAUUAAUACAAUUAUGGAAUACGCUAUUAAAUCAUGGAAGUUUUAUUGAAUCAUUGAAACACUCACAUUGGGAUAAUGUUUUAUGUUUAAUAAGUAAUCUAUUUCAAAAUUUAACCAAUAUUCAACAACAAAUCAAUCAACAAUUUACAUUAAGGACUGAAUUUUUGUUUAUUCAUGCGUCGAAUCUAUUGGCAACGAUUGGAAAACUUCUAACCAAUAAUAAUAGAUCGGAUGAAACUGAUGAAUUUAGGAAACAAUUAUACGAUGAAUGGUUAUUGCUUUAUAGCAAAGAAAUUUAUCAAGGAUUAUUACCACUUUAUAUUGCAUUACCCAGUGCUCUAAACGAAUUUUCCGCAUUUUAUGUGACAAACGAAAUGGUAAAAUCUAUAUGUUGUGCAAUUUGCACUAUUCCAAUUGAUUAUCUUCUUUCGAAUAAUCUCAAACCAUUAUUUCAUUCCGAAGAUCAUCAAUCAAAAUUGCCCGAGUCUAUUCAAACAGUAUUUAAUCAUCUAUAUCGUUUACUUUGUUUAACAUCAAAUCGUCCAUUACAAUUUUCAUCGUUUCAUUUAUUAAAUCGACUUCUCGUACAUCUAUCUCCGGCGCUUAUUCUUACAACAAAUAAUAAUGAAGCGAUUGCUGAAGAUGAUAAGACAUGUCGUCUACCUGGUUCAAUGCUUGAAGCUUUAGAACGUACCGAAAAUACAAUAAAACAAUUAUUGAAUGAAAAUGAUAUUGCCGAAGAACAUCUAUUAGACGAUAAUGAUCAUGAAAUUAUUUCCCAGUCAUCCUCAACAACAGUAAAAUCUGAUAAGGAACAUGUUAUUAUUGGUGAAUUAUUAAAUUAUAAAUUAUUACUUAAUUUAAUUAGUUGUUAUAAAUUAGUCGAAGAACGUUAUACCUAUAAAUUAAUGUUACAAGAAAAAAAAUUAGUCGAUCGUUUUCUUUCGAUUGUACUUGGAUUAAUUCCUGCUAAUCCUGUUUAUAACGAUCCUUUAUCUAUGCAAGUAUCAUGUAUAACAAAAAAAUUAACUCAUUCUAAGUCAAUGUUUGAAAAUGAUGUUCAACUGAGUCCAAACAGCGAUUUAUAUUCGUCAUACACAAUUCCACAUUUGGCCUGUUCGGUUUAUUUUCAAUGUCUAAGUUCGAUUCCGGCUCUUGUUCGUGAAUGGUAUCAUAAUCAAGCAAAACGCAUACGCGAUGCUGUUGAUCGUGUGACACAAAAAUAUGUUAGUCCAAUAUUAAUUCAACGAGAACUCGAUGCAGCAUCAGCAUUAAAAGAUAUAAGUGUCGGUGAAGCCGGUUUAUUUAAUGUUAAAAAACAUUCAAAUACACGUGAAAUAACAGCUAUUUAUAAUAUUGAAACAUCACGUGUAGAAAUCUGCAUACGUUUACCAGCGAACUAUCCAUUAAAUUAUGCUAAUAUUGAAUGUACACAUCAUGUUGGAUUUACCAAGGAUCAAUGGAAUAAAUGGAUGCUCCAAUUGAAAACAAAUUUAAUGCAAAAUAACGGUGACAUUUCCGAUGGUUUACUUAUUUGGAAACAGAAUAUUGACAAAACAAUGCAAGGCAUCGAAGAAUGCUCAAUUUGCUAUUGUAUUUUACAUACAAAUAAUGAACUACCAAAACGAACCUGUCGAACAUGUAAAAAGAAAUUUCAUGACGCCUGCUUGUUUCGGUGGUUCCGUUCAUCAAACAAAUCCACAUGUCCGCAUUGUCGAGCGAACUUUUGA